AUGAUCACAGACAAAACUAAGGCCGGUCCCCCACCACCGCAUCGGUACACCCAUCGUGAGGACACAUCCCGACUUGGUCGAUAUCCCACCGUGAUGCCCUCUCAGCACCCCGAAGGCCCACCAACCCCAGACUGCCCCUUCCCCACUGAGGAACCACGGGUAUAUACGGCCAUAACAACCGAGAUACUGGCGAGGCAUGAUACUUAUCAAUCCUCCAUCCACCAAGACAACACUGCCCAGCGCAAUACCCAACAGCAAAACGCCACACAUCUCCAUACCGUCCAGGCUUUGGGCGUGCGCUUGCCCCCACGCAUCUGGGGUCGGCUGGGCAAGGGCCAAACCCAAGUGGCCAUGACGUCCCAACAGCAUUCUGACCUCUCAAUUCAAGGGCUACACAAUGCUUGUAACAUUCAACAACCCACCGUGCGCCACACUCAGGACCGAGCAUCCUCGGGCAAUGUUGAAUGCGUCUCUGAGGCAGGCUAUCCCCAUGGCCAAACCAAUGUCCAGAAUCCGGUGUAUUGGAUUCCACAUGACAACCCUCAGCCGUUCUAUACCGCACCACUUGGUCAAGACAUUGCCGAUUGGGGAUAUGAUCUCGUCGGUGUUGGCACACAAUUUGACACUGAUGAUAAUUCUAAGGACGCAUAUAUUCCACACGUGAACGGUCCUGCGCAUGCUCAGGGGUAA